CGAUGUUCUCAGGUGGAUUUCGAGGUUUCUCUGGAGGUUUCCCUUUUGGUGGGAUGGGAGAGGAAGAAUCUUCAAAUAGUCCAGGAGAAGUUGACAACAAAGGAUUAUAUGAUCUUAUAGGAAUACCUCCCUAAAGUACUACCGAUGAUGUCAAAAAGGCUUUUAGAAAGAAGGCUGUAAAGGAGCAUCCAGAUAAAGGUGGUGAUCCUGAAAAAGUAUUGAAAUUCACAAAUAAUAGUUCAAAAAAUUGACAGAAGCAUAUGAAAUUCUUUCAAAUCCUGAAAAAAAGGACCUUUAUGAUCGUUUUGGUAUGGAAGGUGUGAAAAAUGGCGGUGGCGGUGGAGAUAUGGGUGAUAUCUUCAGCCAUUUCUUCGGCGGAGGCGGAGGAAGAAGGGAAUAAGGACCAAAGAAAAUGAAAGCAAAAAUGAGAGAAUAACAAGUGACACUUGAAGAAGUAUUUGAAGGAAAGAUGAUUCAUUUGACUCACAAAAGAAAAAGAGUUUGUGAGGGAUGCGAAGGAAAAGGUGGUGCUAAUGCAAAACAAUGUACAACAUGCAAAGGAAGAGGAAUGGUGCAAAAAUUAUAGAUGAUUGGUCCAGGAAUGUAUUCCUAAUCCACAGGACCAUGCAAUGAUUGUGGUGGUGAUGGAACAAUUUUCCCAGAAAAGGAUAGAUGCAAAAAAUGCAAAGGAAAUAAGGUAAUAGAUUAAGAGAAAGUGAUUGAAAUUCCAUUGGAAAGAGGUGUACCUGAUGAACAUGAUUAUCAAUUUUAUGGAGAGAGCGAUGAAUUGCCAGGAGUUAUGGCAGGAGAUCUUUAUGUUAGAAUUAAAAUAAAGAAACAUGAUGUUUAUGAAAGGAAGGGUGCUGAUCUCUACAUAAAUAAGAAGAUCACUUUAGUCGAAGCCUUGACAGGAACGCAAUUUACAUUGAAAUUUUUAGAUGGAACAAAUCUACACAUCUCGACUAAGCCUGGAGAAAUUAUCUCACCUGGUAAUAUAAGUAAAUAUUCUGUUAGCACAAAUAAAGACUGUGAAAAAGAAGGGUAUGCCUUGUUAUAAAGAUGCCAUGAGUGAAGGAGAUCUUCAUAUUAGAUUUGAAGUCGAAUUCCCACUUCCUGGAUAACUCAAAAAUGAUUAGAUUGAAUAAUUGAAAAAAGUAUUUCUAUUAAUUUAUUUCAGGUGUUGCCAGGUCCUAAAUAAUAAUAAAAACUUGAUGCCAAAAAGACUUUGUAUUUGGAAGAAUACGAUGAGGCUCAUGUAAACUCAAAUCCAGAAGGGGGUAAAAAGGAUGAGGAGGAUGAUGAUGAUGAAAGAGGAGGCCAUGGCGGAUAAAGAGUCUAAUGUGCUUAAUAAUGAAAUAAAUGUUAU